GCGACCCAUCUGCCUCAACCUUUUCUUUCUUCCUCUCUCACAGUCAACUCAUUCGUCAACAGCUCUCUCUCCCUUCCACCCCUCAACACCUUCCUUUCCCUCCACAGCUGUUAACAUCUCUCUCUCUCUCUCUCCUUCACUCCGUCAGCAGCUUUCCUUCCCUUUUACUUGUCAACCCUUUCUUUUUUCCCCCUGGCUCGUUCGUUUGUUCGGCUUUGAUAUCAGUAAUCGAUAAAAUUAUCGGAGCUCCCAGAGUUCUUGCUUCAAUUAAUGUCCGCUGUCGGGAUCCCAUUGUUUACACCGAUUCCGCCAGGUUUCGAUGUGAAGCAGCUGGCUGAAGAGCCUGGCUCGCAUUUUCAUCUAGCCACCCGGGUCGACGCUCGCACUCUUACGCCAAAUACGGCGGAACAAUUCGAUGAAAUUUACCGUUCGCAGGUGCUGCAAAUCGGCGAGCCACUAGUUAUUGAAAAUUGGCAUCUGAAAAGCAGAUGGCCCGGACAUAUUUUCAAGGAUGAGUGGUUGGAUAACAAUCUGGGGAGACAGCGUGUGCAGAUCCGAGACCUCGUCAAAGGUAGUGAUGAUGAGUGGUCACUUGGCUGGUACCUCAGUAAGUGUGAGACGCUGGCGUCCAAAUUCACUCCAGAGAAUUACAAAAGCAUCAAACGCCAGCGACUUUACCUUAAAGACAUGGAUUGUCCAUCGGUAUGGAUGAAAAAUCUAGGGGAUAUCUUGCCAAGAGGCACUUUCUAUCUUGACGAGAAUGCGGAUCUCAUGUCAGCGCUACCAGAGGAAUUGCAGGCUGUGAACAUGAUGUGUUACGUCGGCCAUGAAGGAACAUUCACUCCUUGUCACAAAGAAAUGUGCUCAUCCAUUGGUCAAAAUAUCAUGGUUUCGGCCUCUGAGAAUGGGAGAUCAAUCUGGUUCUUGGUGAAACCCCAGGACCGUGCAAAGUUGGCUGUCUGGUUUAGAAGUGUUCUGGGGCAGGACCUUGAAUUGGAGAACUACUUUGCUUCCAUUGAGGAUUGGAAAAAAGCUCCGGUCGAUGUAUGGAUAGUGGAACAGAAAGUUGGCGACUUUCUGAUUAUUCCGCCGGCCAGCCCCCAUCAGGUUUGGAACCAGGGAGAUCUUACAAUAAAAGCGGCCUGGAAUAGAUGUACGCCUGAAUCGCUCAAGGUUUGCCUCUCGGGUGAACUUAGCAUGAGCAAGUUUGCAUGUCGGGAAGAGGCGUAUAAGGUCAAGACCAUGGUGUAUAUGGCUAUCUUAAAAAUCGCAAACGAGCUGGACAGAGCUCCAUCGAAUGAAGAUGAAGGCAUUGUACGCGACUUCCUCACCUUAUAUCCCCUCUUUGAAGCGAUAAUGCUGGACGAGGCCUUUUCACCUGAAUUGCCAAUACCAGCAGUUGAAGAUGUGCAAGCGGAAUAUGGGAUUACUUGUUCGUUUUGUAGCGGAAACAUUUUUAACCGUUUUCUAUCCUGUCCAUCCUGCCCUAUCGGCGAUGGCGAUAAUGCUGAUUGUUACGACAUUUGCAUGGAUUGUUAUACUCUUGGGAGGAGAUGUAAGUGCGACACACCGCCGAAAUGGGUCCAACAGUAUCCAUGGGCUACUCUUCAGAACGACCACGAGAGGUUUCGACAAAUUUUCAACCGCCUCAUAGAAGACGAGCGGUUUGCUUCUAUUUUGAAGCGCAUUGGGGUGGGCAGAUCUUCUCGGGAGUCGUUAGAUCAUUUAACGAGUGUGGAAAAUGUCACCAGGAGAUCGCGCGCGUGGGUUUCCCAGAUGUUAUCCGAUAUGUACACGAGAUAUCCUGGACAGAGAAGGGGGGCACGGGUAGGCAAAGAUAUUACAAAAGAUGAGGCAGAUAACAAGCGUAAUUGCCAUGUUUGCAAAAACCCACAUGCUCCAAUCAUUUACGUCGAGUGCUCAGACGCGGAUUGUAACAAACGCUAUUGUUACGGUUAUCUAUGGAGAGCACACUCCCAGAAUCCUUACAUGAUUUUGUCAUCCAUGAAUUGGAGAUGUCCUUUCUGCUUGAAACAGUGCACAUGCGCUGCCUGCCUUAAGAGUGGUAGAAACGGGAGGAGAGCUCGCCGGAACAAUCCAAUCUGGCUCGGGUACAAUACUCGCGCCGUCACCGACCAGAGGAGCGAAGAGUGGUUGACCACCUUUGCCCAACACAAUAAAAAAUGGGCGACCUCAGGCGGUGACGGUGAUAGUGCCUCUCAGAAGAGAAAGAGAUCGGACGGCAGUGGCGAAGACAGUGACGCGGACGCUGACAGCAAUAGCAGCAGCGGCGACAAUGAGGUUGAGGUUGAGGACAGAGAGGGUAUUAGUGAUGAGGAUGAUGUUAUGGACGACGAUGAAGGCCGAGAAUGGGAGGGGCCCGGCAAGCAUCCUAGCCUCCUCGAAUUUCCAUCAGCGGUUGGAGUGAGAGGAGGUGAUCCUUCUUUCAUUUCUGGUAAGAGAAGUACCAAUGUUAACCUUCUCGCAUCACAGCUAGCUAUCCUCGCCCGUGAGUGCGGUCCUUCAACUGGAGAAACCGAUGGUAAAGGGGAGGGCAUAGAUACUAUAGGGGGGAGGGGGCGGGAUCAAAAUAAUUCUUUAGCACUAUUUGAUAACCAUAGCUUAGAAAACAAUACUAUCGCUAGUCCUCUUUGUCCCGGCCUUGAUAACUCAGCUUUACGGUCGGACAACCUCUCUCAACUCGAGAUGGACCCACAGGCAUUUAGAAUCGCCGCGGGACUCUUAACGGUAGAAGAUAAUAUGCCCGCUUCUCUCGCACAGCAGCCUUCAACGGUCUCGCCCGAAGCACUAUCACUCCCACUACUCCUAACUGGACCUGCGAGGCUCGAGGUAGAGCGCAUUGUAAAAUCACCCACACCGGAACCAAUUGAGACAAAAGCAGGCUGGGUCAAGAAGGCAAAAUUAGCCAGGAAAAGGUUCGCGAACCUCCAGGCGGGAAAAAACAGGCGGAAGAGUUUGAUUGUUAAACUCAAGGUCACGGUCGAGGAGUGGGAAGAGACACCAGUUCGGUCUGAUGUACCGCCGAAGAAGAUUGUCUCUGAAGAGAGAAAAAAAGAGGAUGAAGCCCUCAUUGUACAGCCUACUUCACCACCACAACAGCAUCAAGGAGAGAGUCCAUUGGAGGAUGACGUUGAGGAAUCCGCUGAGGAUAUACCCUCCGAUGGCCCCCCGAGCCGACGAAAGGCAGUGCCAAGGGAUGGUGCGUACGUUGCUAGAAACCGCACGGGCAAUCCCCCAGCGCCAUUAAUGGCACUCUCCUCCGUCCGAUCAAGACGACGAAGUCAAUCCCUCCAAGGUAGCGCCCGCAAUCACAGCGCCCACAGCAGCAAGCACACACCCUCGCUCGAACAAGCCUCAACCCCCGCCCCACCUCCUCUCCUUUCUCCUCCCCCCCCUCCGCCAUUGACCAGCCUAAUACCUGCCGACUGGCCCUUUGCCAUAAUAAUCACCAAAAAGCCCGAACGCCGCAAGUAUCCCAAAACGACUACCACUAGGCGCCCUCGUGGCCGACCGCGCAAGGCCCAACCAACCGGCAGAGCACGAGAGGAUGGAGACUUCAAACUCGCGUCCUGGUCGAAGGCGAUGAAGGCAGAGAGCACGACUCUUACGAAGGGGUCUGUCCGACCACGUGUGGCUAGCACGGCUUUCGCGGAAGGCGUGGAAGAAUCAUCAGAGGAUGAUGAACCGAGUUGCUACGUAGAGAGGAGCCCGCGGCCAGUUUCCGUGGAUAGUGGUGAGGAGGGAGACAGAGAAGGGCCCAGGAGUGAGAGGACAGCGGUUGAGAAGGGGGGAGCACGGAAGCAGCGGAAGAUGGAGCCGAAAGAGGAGGAAGUAGGGGAGGGGCGAGGUGGAGAUUACGACGAGGAGGAUGAGUACAAUCGUAGGUGGUCUAGGAGGAGGUUGUUUCAGUAG